ACACCAAAGCCACACACUCCGACACAGCCCAUAAACACCUAGUGAGUGUUCGUGUGCAUAUGAGUGUGCACUGUGCUUGAGAAAGGUCCCAGGUGUACCAGAGAAUUCAACCAGAGGGAUCCAACAGGAGAUCACACUUGAUAUUCCAAAGCAGUGCACUGGGAAAGUAUGGCGGCAUGGGAUCUCUCGGUUAUUGUAGACGACUUGAGUGCAGACUCACCCCCCAUCACUAUCAGUGUCACAUCAGAUCUCCACAUCGGUGGCGUGAUAUUCAAAGUAGUUGAGAAGAGCCAGAUGAAGAAGGACUGGUCAGACUUUGCCCUGUGGUGGGAACAGAAGCAGCGCUGGCUCCUGCACACAGCCUGGACACUGGACAAGUGUGGCAUCCAUGCGGACGCCAAGCUCAUCUUCUCUGCCCAGCACAAGCCCCUCCACUUGGGCCUGCCCAACGGGGUGACCUUGCGGAUGCUUGCCAGCUUCGCGGCGCCUGUGUUCCGUACAGUGAUAGAUAUAUGCAAGGUUUUGAACAUCCGUCACCCAGAGGAGCUGUCUCUGCUGCGGCCAGUAGAAGAAAAGAAGAAAAAGAAAGAUAAAAAUUCUACAGAGGAGAUCUAUGACAUCACAGACGUUCCCUUGACCUCUGUUUCAGUCCAGUGCCUGUACAAUGGGAUGCCGGCUCAUUUCGCCGACUCUCCCAAGACCGAGGCCGUGUAUAAGAUGCUGUCAGUCAGCCAGCCCUCUCCGGCCCCCGAGACGCUCGCCAAACUGUACCGGCCUGCCAGCAUAGUGGACAAAACCCACAUCCACACCAGGUGGCUGGACUCUUCACGCUCUCUCAUGCAGCAGGGCAUUCAAGAGAAUGACAAGCUCACGCUCCGCUUCAAAUACUACACCCUGUAUGAUCUGGAGCCCAAGUAUGACGUUGUGAGGUUGACUCAGAUGUAUGAGCAGGCACGCUGGGCCAUCCUGCUGGAGGACGUUGACUGCACGGAGGAGGAGAUGAUGCUGUUCGGUGCACUUCAGUACCACAUUGGGAAAGUGUCCCAGUCGGAUGCGCAGGCGCUGAACUCUGGGCUGGAGGACCUGGACUCUGCCCUGCAGUCCCUGGAGGUGAAGAUGGGAGUGGAGAGCACGGCAAACGAGCUGUUGGAAAAUAUGACUGCACCUGAAUUGAAUGAAUACCUAAAAAUCUUCAGGCCUAAACGACUUACACUAAAAGGUUACAAGCAGUAUUGGUGUAAGUUUAAAGACACAUCAAUCUCCUAUUUCAAGAGUCAAGAGGAAAGCUACGGGGAGCCCAUUCAGCAAAUGAAUUUAAAAGGCAGUGAAGUGGCCCCUGACGUGAAUGUUGCUGGGCAGAAGUUCUGCAUUAAACUUCUGAUUCCUGCGCCGGAGGGCAUGAACGAAGUGUACCUGCGCUGUGAUAAUGAGAAGCAGUAUGCUCAGUGGAUGGCUGCCUGUAAAUUGGCCUCCAAAGGCCUGACUAUGGCGGACAGCUCGUUUGACAGCGAGGUGAAGAGCAUCCAGACGUUCCUGUCCAUGCAGCGCACCAACCCAGGAGCCCAGGUCACCCAGACCGACGACAGCAUCAACACCCUUAGCUUGGUCUCACCACGCUAUCAUAAGAAGUUCAAGGCCAAGCAGCUGACACCACGCAUCCUCGAGGCAUACCAGAAUGUGGCCCAGCUGCCCCUCAUGGCGGCCAUUUUGAAGUUCUUGCAGAUCUGGCAGGCUCUAUCUGACUUUGGCAUUUCAUAUUUCAUGGUCAGGUUUAAGGGCAGUCGGAAGGACGAGGUCUUGGGCAUUGCCAACAAUCGCCUCAUCCGUAUAGAUUUAGGAGUGGGGGAUGUGGUGAAGACCUGGCGCUACAACAACAUGAGGCAGUGGAAUGUCAACUGGGACAUCAAACAGAUGGCCAUUGAGUUUGAUGGAAACAUAAACAUUGCAUUUGGCUGCGUGAACGCUAACUGCAAGAUCGUCCACGAGUACAUCGGCGGAUACAUCUUCAUGUCCACUCGUGGUCGUGACCAGAGCGACACCCUGAAUGAGGAGCUCUUCCACAAACUUACUGGAGGCCAUGAGGCCCUCUAAAGACAUGAGAGCAUAACUGUGGAUGUAUUUAUCACUUCAAACUCUUUUCACACAAACAGCUAUAGGCUACACUUGCAUUCCAUGAACAACUCACACAGACUGUGUGAGCUGUAGGCUAUGGCACUGUGGUUUGUUAUGGAAACUAAAUAAUCUCUAUUGCUCAUAUCACUGACAACUUAAAAAUAAAUAAUGUAUUAUAUA